AUGUCCAAUUUAGUCCCAGAUAAAGUAGUCCCAGACGUUCACAAGGAGAAAGAAGUGCGUAAGGCAGAGGUGGAUAUACGGAGCUCCGACGAAGAAUCGAACGAUGAGGACAUUGUGGACACCAAAAAGUGCCUCGGAAUCAAGGCAGUGAAUGCGGCCGGGGGAUGGAAGCUCAGCGGAACGCCGAAAAAAAAAGCAGAACCUUCAAAGAGAGUCAACAAAGGCUGA